AUGAUCCAUGGCACGAAGCCUGCAGCGACAAUCCGGGGGAGGGAGCCUCCAGCGACGGUCCCCAGUCCGGAACCUUCGGCAACGGUCCCCAGUCAAGAGCCUCCGGCGAAGGUCCCCGGGCCCGAGGCCCCGGCGACGAUCCCUGCACCAGAGGCGCCACCGAAGGUGCAGAGUCGGCGUGAGCAUCAUAAACUUAGCAGUAAGGACAGUAGCCGGUCGGAGAGGUCUGUCAUCAACACCCCCGACGGGCCCACUCAGGCCCCCACCCACAACAACGAGCCCCUGCUGAAAGACCCCACCUCCGUGACUGGAGACGAGGCUCCCAGCCUCCAGGAUGAUAACUGGGGGGAGACCACCACGGCAGUGACCGGCACCUCAGAGCUCAGUCUAUCCCAGGAGGAGGUGGUUGGUCUGUGGAAGGUACCGGACGACGGCCAGAGGCAGGGCUGUCGGCUCUACACUCCCCUGGUUCUGGGCUUCUGUGUGGGGCUAGUGGUCCUGGCCACCCCCCUGGCCUUCCUGGUCCUCCCGGCAGUGCUGUGGCCAGCCAGGCUGCAGGCCUGUGGCUCUGCCUGUGAGGGCCUCUUCCUCUCUGUGUCCUGUAAACUCCUCAUUCUCCUGCUUGCUGUUUGGGCUAUCUUCCUGCGCCAGGCCAGUGCCAGCCUGCCCAGAGUGUGUGUGUAUCGAGCCCUCCUGGCCAUGCUCACGCUGCUGCUCACACUCUCCUACUGGCUGUUCUAUGGGGUCCGCAUCCUCGACUCACAGGAUGAGGACUACCAAGGUAUCGUCCAGUUUGCUGUGUCUCUGGUGGACUCUCUGCUGUUUGUCCACUACCUGGCCAUCGUACUGCUAGAGAUCAGACAUCUCCAGCCCUGCUACAGCCUGUGUGUUAUACGCUCCACUGACGGGGAGACAAGCUGCUACAACCUGGGACAGCUCAGUAUUCAGAGGGCAGCUCUGUCUCUGCUAGAGUUCUACUACAGAGACUUUCCUCUUCAUAACCCCGCCCUUCUCUCCGCCUCCAAGCACCGUGCCGCCAAGCACCUGGCCGGCCUCAAGGUCUACACCGUGGAUGGCCCAGGGAACCCGGCGGAGCCGGCAGAGGGGUCGGGGGGACUGAAGGUGGGGGGCAAGUCUCGGACCAUGAUCUCUGCAGCAGCCAGGCACAAAAACACCACUCAUAACGAGCUUUACUACGAAGAGGCAGACUAUGACAGACGGGUCUGCAAACGCAGAGCCAGGCUAGUGGUGGCUGUGGAGGAGGCCUUCAUGCAUGUGAGGCGGAUGCAGCAGGAGGAGCAGAAAGUGUCCCCCGGGGAUGUGAUGGAUGUACGGGAGGCAGCCUCGGCCAUCUUCCCCUCCAUUGCCCGCACCCUGCAAAAAUACCUCCGAACCACCAGGAGGCAGCACUGCCACAGCAUGGACAGCAUCCAGAGACACCUGGUCUUCUGCCUCACACACAACAUGAGCCCCAAGGCAUUCCUGGAGGCCUACCUGUCCCCUGGUCCUACGCUGCAGUACGGUCAAGAGCGCUGGAUGGCCGAUCAGUGGACUCUGGUCAGCGAGGCUGCGGUCACCAGCGGUCUAAAGGAGGGCAUGGUCUUCUCCCUUAGGUGUCUAGACUUCAGCCUAGUGGUCACGGUCAAGUCCAUCCCCUACAUUCGAAUGACCGAGGAGUACGUUGACCCCAAGUCACACAAGUUUACCCUGUGUCUCCAAUCUGAAACAUCAGUCUAA